AUGAGGGAUUCACUUGAGGUGGUGGCAACAGGACCAGCCACGGAUGGCACCCCAAGACUGCCUGUUCCUGUGGUUCCACCGACCUCUGAAACUCCCCUUACUUCUCUUCCUCCUGCUGCUGCUCCACUUGCUGCUGCUGCUGCUGCUGCUGCUUCGGCUUCGUCUGCUGUGGGACAUGCAGCAGCAUGUGACGAUGCACAUGUGCCCGAUGCAGCAGCGGCAGUGGGUGACGCAGUAGGUGACACAUCAGACACAGCAGCACUGCACACAAUGCACGCACAACCACUGCUCACAACACCACACGCAUCCCUAGAGUCAGAAGCAGCAGCAAUUUCCUCUUUAUCGCCCAUGCACACACCCACCAGUGGGCCUCUCACUCCCACACCACCUCACUCGUCCCUUCCUCAUGUCACCUUCCCAAUACCCAUCCCCUCCACCUCCCCAACGCCUGCAACUCCGCUGAUCUCCUCACCCCACCUCGCCCGCAACCCCAGCUCGUGCAGCAGCAGCAGUGGCAGCAGCGUUCUGGGGAUGGGAGUGGGGGCUGCAGAGAAAGGCGCUGGAGCAGGGGAGGUGGUGGACACAGCAGCAGCAGCAGGGGUAGUGCCUGCUUCCGUUCUGAUGGGAGGGGUGGAGACGGGGUCAGUGGGGGGGUUAGCGGGAGGGUCAGUGCGGGGGCCAGUGGAAGGGGCCAUGGGGAGGGCAGUGGAGGGGGCAGUAGGGGGAGCAGCAGCAGAAGAGGCGGAGCAGCGAGUGAGUGUGGCGCUGCUGGUGGAUGCGCGCAUCACGUCGUUCCUCAUGAUGGGGUCCUUCUCCCACGAUCUGAAGCGGCACGCAGUGAUGCUGUUUGAGGCGGGCAAGCUAGCGGAGCCGCAGGUGCUGCAGCUGUGGGAGCAGCUGCAGCUCGUGGAGCACAGCCCCGACCUCGCAGGGGACCUGCUGCGCCUGCGCACCCUCGCCUCCUGCCUCCGCUGCGCCAUCGCCACCCUGCGCUUCCUCUCCCUGCCCCCCUCCUCCUCCUCCCCCUCCGCCUCCCCUUCCGCCUCCCCUUCCGCCCCUCCCUCUGCCUCAACUUUUGUCUCCCCUUCUGCUCCUCCAUCCGCCUCCCCCUCCGCUUUCCGUGCUGCCUCUUCCUCUCCUGUGCCCUCUUCCGCUGCUUUAUCUUUGCCCGCCUCUCACGGUCAACCACUGAUGAACCACGAAGGCCCCUCACGGACUAGAGCAGGGGAUUGUGAGGAGGAGGACGACGAGAAGGAGAAGGAGAAGCGGAGCGGACUGGGGAAUGGGAUGGAGAGGGGCGAAGAGGAGGGGACAGCACAGGUAACUCAUGAGCACAUGCACGAGAGCAUGGAGGGAAGGCAAGACCCGGAGGAAACAACUGCCACGUGCUCCCUUCCUGUUGCGCCCUCUCCUCCUGAAACCACUGCUGCUGCUGCUUCUGACUCUGCCACUGCUGCCGGCCCACUCCCCCUGUCACGCGACUUGCCUGUGCCUGAAUCCGCUGAUAGCCACUUGUUGCCAGCAGCAGCAGGAGAAGCAGCAGCAGCAGCAGCAGCAGGAGCAGCAGCGGCAGGAACAGCAGGGUCGGCAACUGUUGUCCCGACAGCAACAUCAUCAUCAAGAGGAGACAUGUCGGGUACUAGAGAUGAGCCUGAAGCAGCUACCGCUCUGCACCCACCUCUAUCACAAGGAACCUCCUCCCCAUCAGCAGCUUUGGUUUCUGGUACUGCUCCUUCCUCUGUUGACAGUGACACCACUGCAACCGCCAGCACUGCCAGCAGCAGCACUAUGAGCACCACCAUUGACUGCAACACAACCUACCCCGCCCCUACCCCUACACACCGCACACCUCCUCCCACCAUCAUCACCUCUCUGCACUCUCCACACUCGUCCUCCACCACUCCGCACUCCUCUGCAUCCCCCUCCGGCCCCACAUGGUCCCACCGCCUCAAGACUGCAGCAGAGGCAGCAGGGGCGCGUCUUUCCAGCUCCGUUCCCUCCCACCCGCUCCCCUCCCUCUCCGCGCUCUCCUCCUUCUCCUCGCUCUCCUCCCUGCACCUCUACCCGGGCAGCAUCUCCCUUGUGCUGAGCGAGCUUCUCCUGUACGUGCUCUCGCGCUCGGGGCCCCCCACCAUUGUGCUCGUGCGCGGGCAGCGGCUCAGGCACCUCCCCUUGCUGCUGCGCGCGUGUGAGUGCGCGCUGGUAGGCAUGUGGGAUGGGGGGGACAUUCGCAAGGGCGGCAGGGCGGGCGGGGGAGGUGGGGAUGAGUGGUGGGGGGAUGGGGGGGAGAAUGGCGGUGGGGGAGGGGGGUGGGGUGAGGAUACAGUGGGGGGGAUGACAGUGGUGCCUAGGGGUGUGUUGCUGCAUGUGUUGAACACGCUGCUGCUGCGAUCAGCUGUGAUGGUGCAGCCUCUUAGCAGCUCGCGCUAUGCUGUAAGGCACAUACCGCUGCCACUCCUCCCCACGCACGGGCACGCUCUUGCUCCUGGGAAUGCUGCUGAAGGUGCUGCGGAUGGUGCUGCUGCAGGUGCAUGUGGUGCUGACAGUGAUGCUAUGGAAGCAUGUGACUUGCUACGUGGGAGGUCAGCGGCAGAGGAAACAGAGGCAGUCGAAACAAGGGCAGCUGAAGCAGGGGCAGCCGAAGCAGGGGCAGCCGAAGCAGGGGCAGCCAAAGCAUCGGCAGCUCACAGGGACCAAAACGGAGUGGCAUGUGGCGGCAGGUCGAGCAAGAACAGCACGGGUAACGAGGCAGAGGAGGAGCAGGCAGAUCAGGAAACGGACAAUGAGGCGGCUGCAGAGCUUGCGAGGGAGAAGGAGGGAGGUAGAGCAAGGGAGGAAGCGGAAGGAAGAGCAGAGCAGCAGGUGGAGGGGAUGAGGUGCAUCGACCGAGUGGUGCAUGUGUUGGGGCUGACAGGCAUGGGUGUGCUCACGCUCAUGCACAUACACGAAGGAGAACCCAGUAGUGCCGCCAUGCAAGAGGCCUGGGGGCAGGAUGGAACAUGCACAGCGCAGCAUGGCAAUCAGCGUGCUCUCAGUGGUGGUGCUUGUGACGAUGGUGAUCGCGCUGCUGCUGCUGCUGCUGCUGCUGCAGGAGUCACUGCUUUAGCAGGGGUUGCGUGCGGUUCUGUGGGGUGCAGCAAUGGCUGGGUGCCUCACUCGCUCAGCCUUGGCUUGCCUCUGUUUGAUGCGUCCCUCUGUGCUCAGGUGUGCAGGGCGGCCCACCAAGCAUCCCUCCUGAGGCUGGUUGUGGUGGCAACGGGUGCAGCAGAGCGAGUGGCGGUACGAGGAGCGUCCAGCGGGCAGGGCAGUGAGCCGUUGAUCUGUGUGCACCUCAUAGCAGGGCACUGCAUGCAGCCCCGAUGCACGCACACCCACGCGGUGCAGCAGCACUCUCACCCGUCGCCACACAACAACAGCGGACAGCAUGACACUCCUCGUGGCAGUGCCAGUCUGAACGAUGCUGGUGCUGGUGCCUCUGAAGCUGCUGGUUCCGCUGAUGCUGCUGGUGCCACUGAUGCUGCUAGCAGAACAGGUGGUGGCGCUGGUGGUGCGCGCUACCACGAACCAGAGGAAUUGGAAGAGGACGACGACGAUGAUGACGACGAUCUCACAUCACUCGUUCUCCCCGGCUUGAACCUCUACUUUGAUGGCACCUCCCUCUGGCCUUUUGACAUCUCCUCGUUUCGCCAGGGAAGUGUGCCGGCAAGAGCGCUGCCAUGGCAUCACAUCACCAGACAGCAAGCAGGCAGAUAG